AUGGAAUCUGAAUCUCUACUGCAUGUCUUGCUGGUCUCUUUUCCAGCUCAAGGCCAUGUGAAUCCCUUAUUGAGACUUGGCAAGUGCCUAGCUUCCAAAGGUUUACUCAUCACCUUUUCCACAACCGAAACCAUUGGAAAAAGCAUGAGAAAAGCCAAUAACAUAGCCAACGGCGGCGAGCUUUCCCAAGUCGGCCAUGGCUAUCUCCGGUUCGAAUUCUUCGAAGAUGGUUGGGACGAAAACGAUCCGCGAAGACGAGACUUAGACAUGUACUUCAAACAGAUAGAACUCGUCGGAAAACACUUUCUCCCUGGUAUCAUCAAAAGACAUGCCGAGCAAGACCUCCCUGCGGUUUCUUGCAUCAUAAACAAUCCUUUCAUUCCUGUCGCUGAAAGCCUUGGAAUCCCUUCGGCGAUGCUUUGGAUCCAAUCUUGCGCUUCUUUCUCUUCCUAUUACCACUACUUCCAUGGCUUAGUCCCUUUCCCAUCGGAAUCCGAACCUUCCAUGGAUGUUCAGCUUCCAUGCAUGCCGCUCUUGAAGAACGAUGAAAUCCCUAGCUUCUUGCACCCUUCAUCUCUAUUCCUUUCUUUGAAGAAAGCGAUAUUGGGACAGUUCAAGAACUUGGAGAAACCCUUCUUUAUAUUGAUUGACACGUUCGAGCAACUUGAGAACGAGAUCAUCGACUCCAUGUCCAAGCUCUGUCCGAUCAUGAGCGUUGGUCCUCUGUUCAAGAACCCUAGCUUCACAAAACUGCGCGGAGAUUUCACAGAGUCGGACGACGAAUGCCUCGAUUGGCUAGACUCGAAGCCGCCUUCGUCGGUGGUUUACAUCUCCUUCGGAAGUGUCGUUCACUUGAAGCAAAAUCAGGUUGAUGAAAUUGCUCAUGGGAUCUUGAACUCCGGAGUUUCUUUCUUGUGGGUUAUGAAGCCGCCGAGGAUUAUGUAUCCCGGUUACGAAGUGGUUGUUUUACCUGAUGGAUUCUUGGAGAAAGUUGGUGAUACAGGCAAGGUGGUGCAAUGGAGUCCUCAAGAGGAAGUCUUGGCACAUCCGUCGGUGGGUUGUUUUAUGACUCACUGCGGUUGGAACUCCUCCAUGGAAGCUCUGUCUUCCGGAGUUCCCAUGGUGGCGUUCCCGCAGUGGGGUGAUCAAGUGACUAAUGCGAAAUUUUUGGUGGAGGAGUUCAAAAUAGGAGUGAGGAUUUGCAGAGGAGAAGCUGAGAAGAGAUUGAUUAGCCGUGUAGAGGUUGAGAGGUGCUUGAUGGAGGCUAUGGUUGGCUGUAAGGCGGAGGAGAUGAAGCGAAAGGCGUUGAAAUGGAAGGUCGCGGCGGAGAAGGCUGUUGAGGAAGGCGGCUCCUCCUACCGGAAUAUCCAAGUCUUUGUGGAUCAUUUGAGGAAGAUCAGAACGUCAAUGUAA